AGAAUAUAAUUUUUUGUGUCAAAAAUUUGUGAAUACAAAACAGUUAUAUGUUUUUAACUGAACCAUAUGAAAUUGUGCCUUUCUCCAAACAGUAAAACUAGCCAAAAAACAGCAUUAACUCUUUGUUCUAUGCCAAUAAUAUUUCUGGAAGAAGUCAUGUGUGUCAUAUCAGACUUAAUUGCUUGUAUUACUUCACCGACACCAAAGUCGAACUGAAAUGUCAUACGCUAAGAAUAUUCACAAGAAUAUUUUCAGCCCAAAAUCGGCAGAAAAAUACGAAUAAUCAACCUGGGACGAAAAACAAUAUUCUUAGUUUAAAAAAGGCUAAAGACAGUGAACGCUUGCAUUUGUUAGAGCAUAUUUUACCUUUUUCUCUUAUAAUUACAGCUUUUUCAGGGCUGGUCGGUUAGUAUAGGCCCCACAUGACAUGAGAGCCGAGCCGGUUAUUCAAGGGCUUUUUUUUCGUUGGAUUCUAAUAUCAAAGUUCAGUUGAAAUUUAAUGCUCGAGUCUAAAGGCCUUGGUUUCUGAAGAAAUUAUUUUGAUUUAACUGAGAUUAUUACACGUGUGAACAAAGAAGAUCUUUGACUAAUUUUUAUAAAGGAGCAACCGAACAAAGUGGGUAGAUUUUGGUAACUGGCGUUUAGAACUGUGACAGAGACCCGCGGGAAGGAAGAAAAUCUGACCUGCGCCACGCCCCUUAUUCAUAAUCCCUCGGCCCCGGUUUAACUUCUUCCCAUGAAAAAUUAUCUUCGAUUCUUUAUUUCCAGUCUUGGAAAUUUGGAUUUUUCACUUACACCCGUCAUAUCUAUUUGUAAAAGAGGGUACCCUGCUUCCAUAAGCUUUCUUUCUUCUGUAAAAGCGCGUGGACUCAAUUGGACUUGAACCAUGAACUCUGAACCCAGGAUUAAACGGAGGUGUUCAAGUUUAGUAGAAAAAAAAGAGUACGAAGAAUUAUCGAGAUAUUGACAUUUCAACAACUCUUUACUUCUUAGCCGUUCAAUUGUCGCUCCGUCAUUCCUGCUUUUGAUCAUACUCGAGAAAAAGAUCGGUUUUCCAAAUAACGCUUGCGAAAUUUUGCGUUGGUGGUGUUACGCAUUUUAAGUGACGUCACGCAUAACAUCACGGAUAAAGUCAUCAUCACGGAUAACGUCAUCACGUGAUUUUUACCUUGUGGUACUCAGAUGAACAUAAAGGCGAAGUUAUCAUCUUCGGUUAGUAACCUGCGAAAUCGUCCUGGUGUGAGGGUGUAAGCGGUUAGAAAGACUUAAACAGCGAAAUGGUCGACAUCGAAGGCGCAUACUGGAGUUAUUGUAGUUCACACACUAUGUAUAACGCGCUUUGCAGAGAAAGUUCGACUAGCUCUGACAGUGGUAUCGUCAGCGACUGCAAUUCGGACGGGGACACUGUUUCUGUUGCCGAAGAAGUGGAUUAUUCUAAGAAACUGCAAGACGCGAUUAGAGAAAUAAUGGUGCAACAAAAUGAAGUACACUGGAGUAGACACUACGGCGACCUACCAUGCCAUAGAAUUGUACCACCCAGCAAAGGAAUACAUGCUGCAGCUACAGGACCUGAAGAGGGUGUUAAGAACAUCACUCUAGAGCCCAUAUCUCCCACCAGUAAAUCUGAAUGGAAGAAAAACAAGAAAGCAAAGGGUUGCGAACCCUUUGGCAAAUGGACAAAACGUCACCCUCGAGCAUACGGUAUUGGAACCUCAUUGUACGACUGUGAUCCUGUUACAAACUGCACUUCUGGAGAUCCAGUUGCAGAUGUCUAUGCGGUGGUAGCUGGAGAAAACAGUUGCAUUCUAGCAUUAGCUGAUGGUGUAAAUUGGGGUGAAAAGUCAAGACUUGCUGCCCGUUGUGCUGUUGCGGGUUGUCUACAAUAUUUAAGCAGUCAUUUUUACACGGCAAACACUACUCGUGACAUUAUGAGUAUUCUUCUUAAGGCAUUUGAGCAUGCACAGGAGUGCAUCAUUGACAACAAUGCAACAAUGACAACAUUAUGUGUAGCUGUUGUUUGUCAACUUGAAGCUAGUGGAAGGUGGGGUCUCUGUGUAGUCAAUGUUGGUGACAGCCUCGCAUUUACUUACAAGACAAGUAAAGGUGUACAAGAAGUGACCAUCGGCUCACACUAUGACAGUGAGGAAAGAGACAUGCGUUGCCCAGGGGGAUCUCUUGGCCCUGUUGAUGGUUACAAUCCAGACUUAAGAAAUCUGACUUUCUCAUUUACUGUUCUUGACCCUGGAGACAUUGUCUUCCUCACAAGUGAUGGCGUUUCAGACAACUUUGAUCCCGUAAUUGCACAAUGCAAACAUUGUGAAAUUCCUGGUUUGAGACGUGCUAACAGUCUUGAUUCAAUGCUGGAUGAAAUUUCAAAGAGUAAAAGUAAAUUUGACGAGGACAAUAAAGGGGGCUCCAUGGGCCAAAGUUCUAAAAGCGACCAUGACAUUCCCAGGUACCAAACACACGACCCUCCUAUCUGGAGACACAAGACAAUGCUUCAUGAGAUGACUAAGGUUAUCCAGGAAGAAGGCCCUGAAGAUCACAUAUCAGCAAUGGAAGUCUGUGCAAAGCUCCUUUCACAUGUGUGUAGAUGCACUGAGAAAAAGCGAUCUUUCCUAGAACAAGUAGACCGUGAUGAUCACAACCUAGUUGUAUCAAACAAGGAAUUUCGCAGGGCUAGGGACAAAGAAAUUUCACGGCACAUGCGUGAGUUACCAGGGAAGUUAGAUCAUGCUGCAGUUGUAGCAUUUGAGGUGGGCCACUUUUCUUCAGAACCGCUGAAGUUAGAAUCGGGUGGGCAAGCUUAUGGUAAGCGGAGACGAAGCCUGUUCAAUGACUUUAUUUCUGGACUAAAGAAAACUGCCGACAGAAGAGCAUCAGUUGAUGACCCGUCUGGUGAAUACGAGAUAAUCAGCAGCAGUGACUCUUUCACCGAGCUUUACUCCUUGUUUGGUAAUUAAUAUUAUGUACUAGUAGAACUGAAAUAUAGAAUGUUAAAUGUAUCAGUAAUAUUUUUAAUAACAACGGUUACUGAGAUUAUGGAACCUUCUUCAUCGAUCUUUCGGUGGUUAUGUCAUACAUGUAGUUUGCAUGGAAUGAAAACUGUGUGUGUUAAAGAUUUCAAAUUUAUUGUGAGGACCGUUCAUGACACAUCUUUGUCCAAGUUUCAUCUCAAAAGCUUUUUCCUUUACACCUUACUACCAUGUCCCUUACUGGAGAUGUUGUACGUGUAGUUAGUUUGAGGUAUUCGUAUAUUGUCUUCUUCUAUAAUUUGAUCAAGAAGUUUUGUAUAUUUUGUAUAUAGCAAGAAUUAAGAUUACAGCUGUAUAUCGCAUGGCAACUGUAA